AUGGCCGGCGCAGACAGCCAGAAGAACGGCGACAACCGCCCCUCCAAGAGGACAAAGAUGGACGGUGAAUCGUCGGCCUCGGCAUCGCCCGCAGCACCCGGCCCGCCGCCCACCAUGCCCACCGAGAACCCCUACCUGGCCCACCUGCCUCCUAGCGAGCGGUUCACGUCCAACGGCGCCGCAAAUGCCGCCAGCUCGUCCGACCCGCUGGCCGGCUUCGUCCCGAGACAGGUCACGGGCAAGCAGGCGAGGGCCGUCAUGGAGGGCGACGUCAACCCCUUUGCCGCCACCCCGCGCCCCUAUAGCCAAAAGUACCGCGACAUCCUCGCCAAGCGCAAGGAGCUGCCCGUCUACGCCCAGAUGGACGAGUUUUACGAAAAGUUCAACCAGAACCAGAUCAUGGUCAUGAUCGGCGAGACGGGCUCCGGCAAGACGACGCAGAUCCCGCAGUUUGUCGCCUACUCGGACCUGCCGCACACGCGCAAGGAAAAGGGCGCCGACGGCAUCCUGGCGCCGCGCAUGAUCGCCUGCACCCAGCCCAGGAGGGUGGCCGCCAUGAGCGUGGCCAAGCGCGUGGCCGAGGAGAUGGACGUGUCGCUGGGCAAGGAGGUCGGCUACACGAUCCGGUUCGAGGACGCCACCGACCGCCGGACGACGUUCCUCAAGUACAUGACCGACGGUAUGCUGCUGCGCGAGGCCAUGAACGACCACAACCUCGAGCGCUACAGCGCCAUCAUCCUCGACGAGGCGCACGAGCGCACCCUGGCCACCGACAUCCUCAUGGGCCUGCUCAAGGAGGUCGUCCAGCGCCGGUCCGACCUCAAGCUGAUUGUGAUGAGCGCCACUCUCGACGCGCUCAAGUUCCAAAAGUACUUUAACGACGCCCCGCUGCUCAAGGUGCCCGGCCGCACGUUCCCCGUCGAGACGUUCUACACGCCCGAGCCGGAGCCCGACUACCUCGAGGCCGCCAUCCGCACCGUCAUCAUGAUCCACCAGGCCGAGGACGAGGGCGACAUCCUCGUCUUCCUCACCGGCGAGGAGGAGAUCGAGGACGCGUGCAAAAAGAUCAAGGCCGAAGCCGACGACCUCGCCGCCAGCAACCCGGACCUCUGCGGGCCGCUCAAGGUCGUCCCGCUCUACUCGUCGCUGCCGCCCGCCCAGCAGCAGCGCAUCUUUGAACCAGCGCCCGAGCGCAUCACGCCCAACGGCCCGCCCGGCCGCAAGGUCGUCAUCAGCACCAACAUCGCCGAGACGUCGCUCACCAUCGACGGCAUCGUCUACGUCGUCGACCCGGGAUUCAGCAAGCAGAAGGUCUACAACCCGCGCAUCCGCGUCGAGUCGCUCCUCGUCAGCCCCAUCUCCAAGGCGUCGGCCCAGCAGCGCGCCGGACGCGCCGGACGCACCCGGCCGGGCAAGUGCUUCCGCCUUUAUACCGAAAAGGACUGGGCCAACGAGCUCAUCGAGCAGAGCUACCCCGAGAUCCUCCGCAGCAACCUCGCCAACACCGUCCUCGAGCUCAAGAAGCUCGGCAUCGACAACCUCGUCACCUUCGACUACAUGGACCCGCCGGCGCCCGAGACCAUCAUGCGCGCCCUCGAGCUGCUCAACUACCUCGCCGCCUUUGACGACGACGGCAACCUCACGCCCCUCGGCACCAUCAUGGCCGAGUUCCCCCUCGACCCGCAGCUCGCCAAGAUGCUCAUCGUCAGCCCCGAGUUCAAGUGCUCCAACGAGAUCCUCACCAUCGCCGCCAUGCUCUCGGUGCCCAACGUCUUUGUCCGCCCCAACUCGCAAAAGCAGCAGGCCGACGCCGCCCGCGCCGAGUUUGCCCACCCGGACGGAGACCACCUCACCCUGCUCAACGUCUACCACGCCUACAAGACCAACUGCCCCGACAACAAGACGGCAUCCGACUGGUGCUGGCAAAACUACCUCUCCUACCGCGCCCUCAUGCAGGCCGACAACGUCCGCUCCCAGCUACAGAGGACCAUGGAGCGCUUCGACCUCGACCUCGUCUCGACGCCCUUCGAGGACAAGCGCUACUACACCAACAUCCGCCAGGCCAUCGCCUGCGGCUUCUUUAUGCAGGUCGCCCACAAGUCCGGCGGAAAGGGCACCUACCAGACCAUCAAGGACAACCAGCUCGUCUCGCCCCACCCGUCUACCACCCUCGACCACACGCCCGAGUUUGUCCUCUACCACGAGUUUGUCCUCACGACGCGCAACUACAUCCGCACCAUCACCGAGGUCCGACCAGAGUGGCUUCUCGAGUUCGCGCCGGCGUACUAUGACCCGUCGAACAUGGAGGGCGAGGUAAAACGCAUCAUGGCGGGCAUCCAGGGCAAGAAGGCCAAGGGUCCAGCAGCCGGGCGGAGGAAGUGA